AGCCUGAACAUGAAGAGCUUGCUCCUGACUGUUACACUGUUGAGCCUAGUGGCAAUUCUACAGACCCGUGAUGAUCUUUCCUUCCUCUCAGAAGAAGAGAAACUCUCAGGUGUCUGGUUCAUAAAAGCCACAGUGACUCAAAGAAGAAAGGUGGAGGGAAAAACUCUGGUUGCUUUCCCUAUUAGAUUGACAUGCCCAGAAGAAGGAACUUUGGAACUCAGGCACACUGUUAUAUCUGAAGGAGAGUGCAUUAAUUUAGGAAUUCGUAUGCAGAGAACAGAGGAGCCUGGUCAAUACAGUGCCUUUUUGGGCCGUAAUCUCUUCUACAUCUAUGAGCUUCCAGUGAAGGACCACUACAUCAUAUACUCUAAAAGCCAUCCAUUUCAUAAAAUAUCCCAAUUGGGACACCUCAUAGGAAAGUGUCCAGAAGAAAGCCUGGAGGCUUUGGAAGUAUUUAAGGAAUUUAUACAGCACAAAGGGUUUCUCCAAGAAAACAUCAAUGUGCCUGAGCAGAGAGAACGGUGUAUUCCCAUACAUGACAGUGCCCACAAGGACCAUAACUGCUGAGACAGAUUUUCCAGUAAGACAUGGCCAUGACCUCAGUGGACUACUCUUCUCCAUGUACACUUCACUGAGCUGCAUUUCCCCAACCUGAAUCCCAAUUCUUCCUUAAAUUGUACUACCCCCUGGACUUCCUAACCUCCUGAUUUACCUUUUAUCCCUUGCUCUGAGAACCAUCUGAAUCCAAUAAAAAAUUUAGCAGUU